AUGCCGAAGCGAGUGGCACACACCAAGUGGCUCCUCUGGCUGCUGAGCACAGUGCUGGCCUUGCCGCGGGCGGCAGUGGCAGCGCCGGUGGCGCCCGUGCCGGGCAGCACUCUGUCGGACAGGGAGUACGAGCAGUUCUUCGCCAGGCUGCACCCGCCCUGGCAGGCCAACAUGUUCUGCCUGCUGCGCCAGGCCUACGGCUGCCUCAGCCCCAGCAUCCUGCGCCUGGACCAGGACGAGAACCACGGGGAAAUCCCCGAAGGGCCAGUCUGCUCUGAAUUUCCAGAGGUGGUGCUGUUCCAGACCUUCUGCCAGUUCGCCCAGUACCGCUGCCUCAAACAGCAGUUCUUCAUCAAGCCGCCUUCGGCCGCUCCAUCCCUCUGUGUCAGCACCCAGGAGCAGGCUGUUCUGUCAGCUGCUGAUGCCCUGCUGCAGGACAGCGUGGCAGACCUUCUCAAGUUCUCUCCUGCACUGUUAGCUCAGAAACCGUGGCCGACGAAGCACCCCACAGCCACGGCAAAGGCGCCCACGCCCUGGCAGAAGAGCAGGACUAUGCACCCAACAAAUCUCUGGGCUGCCACCUCACCUUCCCGGACAGAAUCCCCUGACGAACAAAACCUGAGAAAAAGCAUCUGGCAGCUGAUCCAUUCAGCCCUCUCCUUGGAUGCAUCCUUGGACACCAAGGCCCCCUCUUGGAACUUCACCAGCCCGGUCCCAGGAGGCACAUCAGAGCAGGAAACUCCCCCCCGAGGCAGCCUUCUGGCCCUGCAGAACGAUGAGGCAGUGCUGGUCCUGUGCUACGCAGUGCUGGAGGGAAAUUGCCUCUCAUCGAUGCUCACCAUGGCCUGGAAGGAGAUGGAAAAAAGAGUCCUUGGGUUCGGAGACUCGGUGUGUGACAACCUCGGGCGGCACCACGUGGACCUGUGCCCCGACUGCGCGUUCUGCUCGCUGAAGAGGGAGCAGUGCCAGAACAUCGAGACCCUGAACCGCGUCCACUGCGACUCGGACGACUUCGUCACCUACAUGAACCCCGAGAUCUCAGCCCAGCACAGGCACUUAGAGGGCAAGUCCAGGUCCUCACAGACCCCGGAGGACUACAACGUGGACUUUUUGAGAGGGAUGAGGAUGGAGUACUGGUGCAGCCGGAUGGCCAUCUAUGGCUGUAAGGACCCUGCUGUGACCUUCUGGCUAAAGGCAGAGUAUGACAUCUUCCCAGAGGUGGAUGGCUCGGGAAAGAUCUGUGACUCGAGCGGGGUUCAGCAUCCCAACUACUGCAUGUUCAAGAGUUACCAGUGCCUCCUGAAGAGUAUCUACAACGAGAGGGUGUUUCGCGUGAAAUGCAGGCGUAACAAGACCUACCGGGUGCUGAGUGCGAGGGAGGGACGCAAGGAGGUGCAGCUGUGGCAAGACAGGUUCCACAGCCUCUCCAGGAAGCAAUCAAAAAAUUAUUAA